CGUCCGAUCCGAUUCGUAUAUUAAAUCAGUGUCGCGAGCUAAGUGUGCUGUGCUGGAAUUGUGUCUCUCUAUGAACGCAAUUCAGUGAAAGGAAUUUAAAUCAGAUUUCAACUGUGAGCAAGGCUAACCCAAAGGGGGCCGGAACAGUGAAAAACAUGGCGAUUCCCUUUCCAAUUCGGGGAUUCCUGAUAUUUAUUCUACUUGUGGGUACAGCCAACUCCGAUGGUAGUUGCCAAAUCGGAUGUCCCCGAGCCGACAAUGGAGUUUUAAAGUAUAAGCCGGGUAAUUUUUACGAGUACAGCUUUGAGAGCAUCUUAACAGUUGGAUUGAGCUCGAGCAAUGCCGCUGAGGCUGAUGAUACGAGCUUGAAAGUAACUGGCACGGCAAAGGUGUAUGCCAGUGGCAAUUGCGGCUACACCUUGCAGGUGGGUACUGUCAAGGUGGUAAACACAAAGGAGUCUGUGGAACGCAAGAUCCUGAAUAACAUACAAAAGCCAGUGCAGUUCACCUUAGCCAGUGGACAGCUGGAGCCGCUGAUCUGUGCCGAUGCUGGCGAAAGCAGCUACUCGCUCAAUAUCAAGAGAGCGAUCAUCUCUUUGCUGCAGUCGCACACAGGUACCGAGAGCGCGAGCGAAAUCGACGUCUUCGGUUCUUGCCCGACGCACAGCUCAACAGCGACAUCAGGCAACGGCGAGAUUCUGACAAAGGUGCGAGAUCUCAACAACUGCGCUCAUCGUGAGCAAAUCAAUAGCGGCCUGCUCUCAGGCAUACUCAACGAGAAGGCAGGUGUCACGAGCAGCGCCAUCUUCCAGGCUGACUACAUCAGGGAGCUGAGGGUCGAGCGCGGAAUUGUGGAGAAUGUGCAGCUGAACGAGGUCUACAGAUUCGCUGGCAGCGCCAAGGGUAGCUCCGAGGUCACUGCCAAGGUCACCACAACCCUCAAACUGAGGACCCCGACUGGCCAAGCAGGUGCCGCACCCGCUGUGGCGGCCACAGCCAAACCAGUCAGCAUUAUUUUCGGAAAGAGCGAUGCGUACACCACGAAGAAUCUGGCAGCGUUGAAGUCGGUCGUCAAUGAGCUCGUCGACCUGACGGCGGACUACGUGAAGAAGGACACAGCCAAGAAGUUUGUUGAGCUCAUCCGGCUUAUGCGUCACUCCGACGUGGACACACUGCUGGAGCUCUCCACGGCGCCGCACCCCAAGAAGGCCUUGGCACGCAAAGUUUACCUAGAUGCGCUGUUUCGCACGAACACGGCCGAGUCAGCUAAGGCCAUACUGAAGCAGUUGGCAAAGCUGGAAGAGAAGGAAAAGCUGCUGGCCAUCUUCUCGCUGAAUCUGGUCGAAAGGGUGGACAAGGAAACAUUGAGUCUUGCAUCGCAACAGCUGCUCCCAGCUGCACCGAAAGAAAUUUACCUGGCCGUUGGCAAUUUGGUUGGCAAAUUCUGCAAGGAGAACCAGUGCGAGCCGAACGAAAUUGGGCAGAUAUCGAAAAAGUUCAUCGAAGGACUGAAGCACUGCAAGCCGAAUACCAAAAAGGAAGAAGAGCGCAUCGUCUACGUGCUCAAGGGCAUUGGCAACGCCCAGACUUUAGUCAACAAUGUGGCAACGGCAUUAAGCGAGUGCAUAACACCUGGUCGCAGUAAUCGCAUACGCGUCGCGGCUCUGCAAGCCUUCUCAGCCGUGAGCUGCAAGCAGGACUUGAGCUCAAAGGCACUGCAGCUGCUUAAGGACACGAACGAGGACUCUGAGCUGCGCAUCGAAGCCUAUUUGGCUGCCAUUAAGUGCCCGACUGUUGACCUGGCCAAAGAGAUCUCGAACAUUAUUAACGCCGAACCAGUGCACCAAGUCGGCAGCUUUAUCGAGUCCAAUUUGAGGGUGAUACGGGACUCGACAGAUCCGACGCGGGAGCACCAGAAAUACUAUCUCGGAAAUAUUCGAGUGACGAAACAGUUUCCGAAAGACUAUCGCCGUUUCAGCUUCAACAAUGAGCUCUCCUAUCGCCUGGACGCGCUGGGCCUGAGCGGCAGCUCGGACUAUAAACUGAUUUACUCGCAGAAUGGGUUCCUGCCCCGCGCUGCUCGCCUCAACUUGACAGCCGAGAUAUUGGGCAACAAUUUCAAUGUAUUUGAGGCUAAUCUGCGGCAAGAGAAUCUUGAGAAUCUGCUCGAAUAUUAUGUCGGCCCAAAAGGCUUAUUGAACAAAGAUUUCGACGAGAUUGUCAAACUGAUCGAAGUCGGAAACUCUGGAAAUUUGGGAAAUCCUGCAGGUCGCGGCCGUCGAUCGGUUGUUGACGACGCUGUCAAGAUCGGCAAGAGAUAUAAGAGCUACGGCAGCCAGAAGUCAAUACAAGACCUGAAUUUGGACUUAUCGAUCAAAUUAUUUGGCUCAGAGCUCGCCUUUUUGAGCUUGGGCGACAACAUACCCACGACCUUGGAUGACAUCAUCAAGCACUUCUCAGAGGCAUUCGACAAGGCCAAAAAGGAGCUGACCUCAUUUGAGACGCAAUAUGCAAGCCAUCAGUUGUUUUUGGACAGUCAACUCAGCUACCCGACAGGUGUGGGAAUACCUUUGGAGCUGGGCGCUCAAGGCUUCGCGGCGAACAAAGUCGACUUCGCUGUCAACAUCGACGUGAAUGCGAUCCUAGAACAGAACUGGCAGCGAGCCAAAUACCGUUUGAAGUUCGUGCCCAGCAUUGACGUGACUGUCAAUCUACAGCUCGGCUUCAACACUCAGGUGUUGGCGACAGGAGUGCGCGUGGCGACUAGCGCCCACACAGCAACCGGCAGCGAUGUAUCAAUCGCCCUGAUUAAAGACGGCGACGGCUUCAAUGUGAACGUCGAGCUGCCGCGUGAGAAACUGGAGCUGGUCGACAUACAAGUCAAGUCCGAGUUCUACGUAGCCGAGCAGGAUAAGGCAAUCAAGCCGGUGCCAUUGAGAGUGGCCAAGAGUAAACAGGCGUCGUCGCCAAAUGAGAACUGCCUAAAUCAGUUCAAUGACUUGGGUCUAGGUUUGUGUAUCAAGUCGAGCACUCCCCUUCUAACAGACAACUCGCUCAUUGACGAGCUGAAAUCGUCGCACGACUACAGCCUCUCCGUUUACCUGACCUCCGAGCGCAAGAUCAAUGUGAAGGGCACACACCUGACUCUGCCCACGGGCAGUCAACAAUGGAAGCUGCAGUACAGUACGCCCGAGUCGAAGGUUUCACAUGACACGAGCCUGGCAUUCGAGCUGGGCACCAAGCCGAAUAUCUAUGGACGCCUCUCCUUGGACAACUCACAAUAUCAUCUGGCUGUCGAGGCGGGCUUCAAAGACAGCAAUCAAGAGCUUGUUCUCUACGGCCAGCACGAACAGAACAAGGACAUUAAGAAGUCGAAAAUAGGCUUCAUUAAGACCGGCAACGAGUACAGGCCAGUCAUCGAGAUUGAAGACAAGAAUGGUCUCACCAAAAACAUCAACGGCUACCAUGCCAACGGCCUGAUCGUCGUCCAGAAGACGACCGAGAAACAGACGAGAUAUAAUUUCCAGAAUUUCCAAAUACUUAACCGCAACAACGAUCGUAUUCAGCUAAAUGGCUGGGUCGAUUUGUCGCCCACCUCGUUGGAAUCGGAGCUUCGGAUAUCACCAAAUCAGGAAUCGUAUCUGCUCAAGUCCAACUUCAAGCUGGACAAUAAUCAGUAUGCAUUGGGUGUGUUCGUGAACGAUGAACGCAAGCCGGAGAACGUCUACGGAACGUCGGCGCAACUGAAAAUCGGCAAAGAUGUUUACACCCUGCAACUGGUUGGCAAGGCCUUGCAGUGGUCUGUGAAUAGUGAGACCGAAUUGGGCUAUGUGAAUGCGGCAAACUCGAAUAAGCUGCGCUCGGCCAAGUUCUCGCAGAGCCUCAUUGUGCAGCAGAAGAACAAGCAUCUGGGCUCGCUGGAUAUCAAAACAAGACUCGAUGAGAAUCAAUUCGAAUUGAAUGCGGCAGCAGCGAGUGGGCAGAAGCUGGCAACAGUGGAUAUUAAGUACGAGGCAAACCAGCGUUCCGUACACGACUACGAGCUGACUGCUAAGGCGAAGUACAACAAGCACACGGUAGAUGUUGUCUCCAGGUGCCUGAUGAACAACAACCUGUUCAACAUUGACAACAGCUUGACGACCAGCUGGGGCACCUCGCUGACAGCCAAGGGCGAGCUGGGCCAGCGGUACUCACCGCAGGACAUACACAUUGACCUGCAGGGAACCGCUCAGCUCACGGUCAAGGAGAAGCCAGUGCAAUGGCUGCUCAAGGUGUUGGGCGUACCGGAUAAAACGAGUAGUGAGUUGCGCAUUAGCCGCGACAACGCCGAGCUGCUCAAGUUGCUCAGCGAGUCACAGCAUCCGCAGGACAAGCUCUCAUCGGCGAAGAUCAAUUUGAUUGUCAAGAACCUGCUGACAGCGAAGGCCGACUUGAAGAUCGCUAAGAAUAACAAAGGCGAAUUGGUGGCCUCAGUUGAGACCCUGAAAACGGAGCCGAAGCACAAGCUCGAGGUGGAUACCAAGUUCCACAUACAGCAGCCGAAGUACGACAUUGACAGCAUCGUCACCUUGGAUGGCAGCAAGAAGAUCCAUCUGAAGACUGAAAACAAUAUUGAGAAGCUCAAGUUUACGACGAAGAACCUUUUCGAAUGGAAUGAGAAAAAGUAUUCCUUCGAUGCAAACGGCGGCGUCAAGGGCGAGUGGCGUACGAAUGGCGACGUUCAAGGCGCAUUCAAAUUGACCACACCUGAGAACCGUAUUGUCGAUGGCACGCUAGCUCGCCACUUGACAACCAAUCCCAGGACCCAGCUGCGACAAGGUAGUCUCGAUGUGCAAGUCAAUGAGCAGGACGCAGCGGGCGGCAAGAAGCGAUCCAUCUCGUACAAAGGCACACUCGACCGAAUGAAUAUCAAAACUCAAGAGAUUUCAGUCAACAACCAGCUGACCUACAUGGACUUCAAUGGAAAGAAGACUGAGCUCACCGCACACGGCGAAUAUACACUCAAAGGCUCAAAGAGCGCCAAGGCCUUCGAUAUCGAAGUCAAAGUCGAGGGCCAGCUGGUCGAGAAGCCCAUCGAGGUGGCUGUGGUCAUUGAAGAGUUGACCGAAAAUAGUUUGGUGGGCCGCAUUUCAGGCAAAUACGGCCAGAGUGUGACAGCUAAUCUGAGUGGAAAAUAUAGUGGUGCAGGUGAGCCCAGCACACCUGCCACAUACGAGCUGCAGCUGAAGGUACAAGCGCCCGAGACUAGGUUCAAGAAUCUACAAUUGAGCAGCAACGGCAAAGUGGGUAGUGAGAUUCUUGAGUUUGUGUUGAGCACGAAGUCAGACAAUGGCGACUACACAAAGGUAAACACGGUCUGGCAGGGCAAUGCCAAGCAGGGCACCUACACAUUCAAUGCCCAAAACAAUCACCUUCAAGCACCGGUGAAGGUCUCCGGCAGCUACCAGAAUGACAAGACGGGCAGCUUCAGGGACGGCGAUGCCAAGGGCAAGCAGCAAUUCACGAUCAAUGCCGAGUAUGGCGACAAGUACAUUAAGAGCAAUGCCGACGUUAGCUUCGAAGAUGCCAAUGCCGCAUCCCUGAGCUACAAGCUGGACACAAGCAACGAUUAUUUGAAGAACAUUGAAGUUGUUAUUCGGAACCAAAAGCCAGCCGAGGGCAACUAUGUGCUCAGUGCCCAUGUGAAGCAGGCCGGCAAGAGCUAUACGGUCGACUCGAAAAUCUAUAGCUCCAGUCAUAAGAAGGGACUCGACCUACGCGCCACGUUGCCUGACAGUCAACCGAUUAUCUUGGCAGCACUUCUGGAGAUCCUGGGUGAGCGUAAAGCGAAGCUUUCACUGGACAUACAAAAUCUGAUCGAUCUGGACCUGCAGCUGAGUGGUGAGGCGUCGUAUGUGAGUGUCGACGAUUUCUACAUUGUUGGCAACUGGAAUUCGAAGAAGCUUCACCUGGACAACUACGAACUGGAUGUGAGGGCGCAAGGCAAAAGCGUCAAGGUACUGCUCAAGCAUUCACAGGGCGUCGAUUUCUCUGGCAACGCCAGCUACAGCUUGAAGAAGGAACAGAAAAAGUCAACCAUUGAAGGUCAGGGUCAGAUGCAAUACAAAGGUAAGACCCACAAUGGCAACUUCAAGCUGCAACGCCAGCAGUUCAAUCUCGAAGAGGAUCAGGAAAUCGGCUUCGCUUACACAUUCAACGGCAACAUCGGACCCAAGAACGGCGUCUCCACCAUUAAGUUGACGAACAAGGAAUUCAAUACCAAACUGUCGAUAUGCGAGGAAAGAAAGCAGUGCACCAACAUCCAGCUGCAGUCGAGCGUUAGAAUCGUCGAGGACAAGUUGCAGCACGACGUGCUCGUCCUUUUAGAUCUGCGAGAGCUCGGCUAUCCCUAUGAGCUGGAGCUCAAAUCGAAGAAUAUUCGUGAGAGCUUCAAGACUAUGUACAACCUCGAUGCUCGCGUCAUAUCCAGCAACAGUUUGAAGUACCAGCUCACGGCCUCCGCUGAUCCGUCAGCCAUAACUAUUCAGGUGACCCUGCCCAAGCGACAAAUUGCGUUCGAGACCAAGCAACAGAUACCCGAACGCCAUCAGCUGUUUGGGCGCUACGAGCAAUCGGCUGCCUUUUACAUAGACAAGCUGCAGCGGCCGAAUGACGUGGCACGCGUCUCGGCGGUAUUGGACUUGACAGGUGUCGAACAGGUGUCCAUUACUGGCAAGGGUCAGCUUAAGCUGGAGCACCCCACUAUUCGCCCGUUGACCAUCAGCGGUAGCCUGGACGCGAACCGCAACCAGCGCGUAUUAAACAGCGAGCUUGUCUUUGACAUCUUCCGGUCACCUGAGCAGAAGAUAGUUGUAACGCACCAAAUUCGCAAUAGUCAGGCAGACAACGGCUUCAAUCUAAGCUCGCGACAGGAAAUCAAAUCAACAGGGCUGCGCUUCCAGUACGAGCUGAAAACGAACUCGGCCCUCAAUCUGGAAACCAAGGAGUUCAGUGCCAGCAGCGAGCUGCAGAGCAGCACAAGCGACUUGGCAGCCGGUGUCCAGCUCCUGGGCAAUAAAGAGCGCUUCGAGCUGCAGCUAAGUGCAUUGAAUGAACAGAUCGUUCGGCUGGCCGGUACCUUCGAUUGGCAAAAACUCAAUUCGAAGCUACAGAUUUUCGGACAGAAGCCAGUGGAACUCUCGAGCGAAUUACAGCCGACUUGGGCCAAACUCACGCUGAAACGACAAGGUCUUAUUGAUGCCAAUGCUGAGGUCAAGCUGGGCAAGGAAUUCAAAUUCGAUGUUGUUGGCGCCGGCAAACCCAUUUUGAAUGGACGCAUCGCUCUGGAUGCAGCCAACUUCCUGCAGACCAACUAUAAAACUAAUGAUGACGAUGUCAAAGCAUUCUUGGAAUCUGUGGAAUCAGAAAUCAACAAAGAAACUGAAGCGGUAACUACCAAUUUGAAGAAGCGCUUCGAAAAGGUCCGUCAGGAUGUUGAGCAAAAUGCCAAACUUGCGGCGGACAGUGCUCCAGACUUUACAAAGCUAAGAAACGGCUACGAGAGUCAGGUGAAGACCAUAAUCAAGGAGCUCGAAAGCGAUCCAUUAUUGAAACCCAUCGUGGAUGCUAUACGGACCCUUUUCGAGAAGAUAAACAAGGCGAUUGAUGAGUUGACAAAGUUGAUAUCAGAAAACUAUGAGAAGUUGACGAAGACAGUCAAGGAAAUUCUAGAUAAACUAAACGAUCUGUGGGAGAACUCACUACUCAAGAUCUGGGAACAAUUGAUCGUAUCGCUAUCGAAGGUGGGGGGACAGCUGCGCAUCGAGCUAGUAAACAUCUACACGAAUGUGGCCAAGGAGUUUGUCGCAUGGCUAGAGAAAUACGGACCCGCAUUGAAGAACUAUGGCAAGGCAAUUAGCGACGCAUUCAGGCCGUUGCACGAAGCAGCCCAGGAGCUGAUCAAGGUUGUGCUGCAUUCAGUUGAGGAGCUGCUGGACGAGCUCAAAGAAUUUGUUGCCAAGUUGCCGACAUUCGAGGCGCUGCGUAAUGAGGUGGCCAACAAAAUAAAGGAGUGGAAGCUCUUGGAGCGGACCUUGGAGACACUCAACAAUAUCUUUGACCAAUUGAAUAUUCUGCCCCAAACUCCGGAAAUAGCUGAAUUAUUGCAAAAGCUGCACGAAUUCCUAGAAGCGAAGCUCAGACAGCAGCCGGUCGACGACGACAAAUGGUUGAACGAUUUAUCCAAACUGUUACUGAGAGCCGUUCGUUCCGUUUUGGCCGCGCUCAACGGUAGCAAAUCUGUUGAGAACGUUGCACUCUUUGGCGACUCGUCUCUCAGUUUGUGGCCUUCGUCCCUUGAUGGCUUUGCUAAGUUGCCAUUGGUGCUGUCGUUCCGGUCGAGCGUUAUCAACUUCCUGUUGAACGAAAACUGGGAGGGCAUAUUCAAGAAGGACCUCCUCUCCAACUGGCUAUUCUUCCAUGACUUUGAGCUGCAUGGCCACAUUGUGGAUGGACAGCAUGUCUUCAGUUUCGAUGGUCAGAGCUUUGCCUAUCCCGGCAAUUGCAAAUACAUCUUCGCACAAGACAGUGUGGACAAGAACUUCACGGUGAUUGGCCAGCUGAAUAACGGCAAACUAAAGGCCAUAACGCUAAUUGACCGCGAUGGCAAUUUCGUGGAGGUCAGCGAUAAUGUCGCCCUCAAAGUGAACGGAAAGCCUGUUGAAUACCCACAACACCUCCCCGGCAUUCACACGUGGCGCCGCUUCUACACGGUUCACAUCCACUCGGAAUAUGGCGUCAGCGUAGUAUGCACAACCGACCUGAAAGUGUGCCACGUCAAUGUAAACGGAUUCUACACAAGCAAGACCCGCGGCCUGCUGGGCAACGGCAACGCCGAGCCGUACGACGACUUACUGCUAAUCGAUGGCACCCUCGCGAGUGACUCGGCUGCUCUGGGCAACGACUACGCGGUCGGCAAGUGCAGCCCCGUGGCAUUUGACAAGAGCCAGUUGGAAGGGCAACGCAACGACAUAUGCUCGGACAUAUUUGGCAUCGACUCCCCAUUGGCCGUGCACUAUUUAGCAUUGGACGCUCGUCCUUAUCGCAGCGCCUGUGACGUUGCCGUAGCAAGUGUACCUGAAAAGGACAGAGAAUCGCUGGCCUGCACUUUCGCCCUAGCCUACGGGUCAGCCCUGAAACUGCAAAAGAAAUGGGUGUUGCUGCCACCACGCUGCUUGAAAUGCACCGGUGCUGUGGGUCAGCGCGAACUGGGCGAAGAGUUCACCGUCAAAAUCCCAUCGAACAAGGCCGAUGUCGUCUUUGUGGUGGACAUCAAUGUGUCACCAACUGUGUUGGCCAAUUUGAUAGCUCCGGCAAUCACCGACAUUCGCGAUUCACUAAAAACCCGCGGAUUCACCGACGUCCAGGUUGGCGUAAUAGCUUUUGACGAGACGAAACGCUACCCUGCACUUCUUACUAGUGACAAUGGCAAAAUCAACUACAAAGGCAACGUGGCCAACGUUCAAUUGAAUGGACCGAACAAUUUCUGUGAGAACUGUGUGGAGCAAAUUAUAACCGAAAAGCGUAUAUUGGAGGUCUACAACAUGCUGGAGCGCUUCAUCAAAUCCAUUGUACCCCAAUCCGAUGAAAAAGCGUUCCACCUGGCCUUGGACUAUCCGUUCCGCGCGGGUGCUGCCAAGAGCAUAAUUGGAGUCCGCAGUAAUUCGCUCGAGUACAACAAUUGGUGGAAAUUCGUACGUGCUCAAAUAACCGGAACCACGACCAAAUUCGACGGCGCUUUGCUCCACCUAAUUGCACCAAUCAAGGGACUCGCUGUAGAGGGUGUGCCAGCUGAAAAGCUAGUUGGCUUCAAUGCUCGCCUGGUCGCCACUCUGGAUGGCAAGGACAAUAAGAAACGCGCGAAACUGCAAUUCGAAAAUGAUAUGGGCAUUGACUUCGUACUCAACAACGGCGGAUGGGCAUUCAACACACAAAACUUUGAUAAACUUAAGGCAGGCGAUCAGAAGAAGUUGCUGAACCAGGUGACGUCCUCCAUUGCGGAUACACUCUUCAAAACGGAAACGAUCAGCGAGUGCCGCUGCCUGCCCGUGCACGGCCUGCAUGGCCAGCACAAGUGCCAGAUCAAAUCGUCGAUCUUUGUGCCCAACAAGAAACCCAAAGCGGCGUAAGGAGCAAACCCAAACAUAACAAUAUUAUAUGUCAUCUGCAAUUUACAUUAAUUAAACAAAAAGAAAUGAAGUAAAAUAAACUCCGAACUCUUUCAAUAUAAAA